CAAAUCAAACAAAUAAAUUGAACCAAAAAAGCAUUUAUUUAUUAAAGGAAAAAUGAAGGUGGAAAGAAAUUUCAGAGUUAGAAAAUACCGACCAUAUUCCCAACACGCAAUUGCCUUAACAUUAUAAUAUAACAAAUACUCGUCAGUUUUUUCCCUUCACGCGGGCCUUUCCAUUGACUUGAGUCCUCAAAGUUCUCAGUUUUCCAAUUUUCCUUCUCUAGUUUUCAUUGUCAAAAUCUCAAUUGGAUCAUUAUCCUCUUUGUCUUUGCAUCAACUCUCAGUUGGGUCAUCGUUUUCUUGGACUUUUUUCAAUGGCAACCCCACAAACCCGUUAUUCUUUCCAUGUUUUCUUGAGUUUUAGAGGCGAAGACACCCGGAAAAACUUUACUGAUCAUCUCUACACAGCUCUCAUCAACGCUGGAAUUCGAACUUUUCGAGAUGAUGACGAAAUCCGCAGGGGAGAAAACAUAGAAUCUGAACUGCAAAAGGGUAUUCGAGAAUCCAAGAUUUCACUAAUUGUCUUCUCUAAAGACUACGCUUCUUCAAGAUGGUGUCUUGAUGAGCUUGUCAACAUUCUUGAUCGAAGAAAGAAAGAGGGUCAUACUGUUUUGCCUGUUUUUUACACUGUCAGCCCUGAGGAUGUUCAGAACCAAACUGGAAGUUUUGCUGAAGCUUUUGUGAAUCAUGAAAAGAGAGGAAAUGCAGAGAGUGGAGAGAAAAGAAAGGAAUGGAUGGAGAAGAUGGAGAAAUGGAGAUUAGCUCUGAAGGAAGUUGCUGAAUUGGAAGGAAUGUGCUUAGCCAAAGAAGUAGACGGGCAUGAGGCAAAAUUCAUCCAAAAGAUCAUUAAGGAGAUACUCAAAAGAUUGAAUCGCACAGUACUUAGUGUACCUUCAUACACAGUUGGACUAGAGUCUCGAGUGAAGGACAUUAACUCAUGGUUACAGGAUGAAUCCAGUGAAGUUGGCAUUGGGAUGAUCUGUGGACUUGGUGGCGUUGGAAAGACUACUGUUGCUAAAGUAGCUUACAACUCUAAUUAUGAUAGAUUUGAUGGGAGUUGCUUUCUUGCAAAUGUCAGAGAAAUCUCUAAGAAACAUCUAAAUGGUCAGGUUUAUUUGCAAAAACAAAUUUUUGAAAGUAUUUUGAAAGGCAGAAAGGAAAAAAUAUACAAUGCUGAUGAAGGAAUUGUCAAAAUGAAAGAUGCUAUUGGCAACAAAAAGGUUUUUAUUGUAUUUGAUGACGUGGAUCAGCUGGAUGUCUUAGAUUCACUUAUUGGAACAAGGGAUUGGUUUUAUCCGGGGAGUAAAAUUCUCAUUACGACAAGGUGUGAGAAACUGUUGAAGUCCUAUGAGAGGCACAUGCUAUUCAAGAUAAAGGAACUUGGAGAUGACGAGUCUCUAAAGCUCUUCAGUUGGUAUGCUUUUGCACAAGACCACCCAUUAGAAGAGUUCAAGAUGCUUUCAACAGAAGCAAUACAGCAUUGCUGUGGGCUUCCGUUAGCUCUUUAUGAUUUGGGUUCGUUUCUUUCAGGGAGAGGUAUGGAUAUAUGGAGGAGUAAAUUGCAGAAAUUGGAAGCAAUCCCUCAUAGCAGAGUUCAAAAGAAUCUUGAGAUAAGCUGCGAGUCUCUAGAUGAUCAUGACCGGAGGUUGUUCCUCCUUAUUUCUUCAUUAUUUGUUGGGAAGGACAAAGAUUAUGUUAUCAAAUUUUUAGAGAAUGGCGAUUUGCACCCAACAGUUGGAAUUCAGAACCUCAUUGACAGAUCCCUCAUCAGCAUUGGUGACGAAAAUAAGGUGAUGAUGCCUCCACUUAUUCAGGACAUGGGGAAAGAAAUUAUUCGUCGAGAAUCACAAGAUGAUCCCGAGAGAUUGUUGUGCAAAUGGUUGAACCAAUGCGGUCUGCAUGACUUGACAGAAAACAGUGAAACUGAUGCAGAUGGAGUUGACCUCCCAGGCACGCAUCUGCCAGAAGAUGGUCUUGUCCCAGCACUUGAAAAGGCGUUUUGUUGGACUUCUUUCGACAUUCCCCUUAUCUGGUGGGCUCAAAAGAUUCUUCCCGUGAUGAGAAAAGUACUUGUGAAGACGCCUUCUUUCUUUCGGAAAAACCAACAUUUUACUACUUUGCACAAAUCUGUUAGUUGCAGAGGUAUAUCUGUCCUGUUCUUUUUCAUCAGCUUCAGGAUCAAAAAAAAAAAGCAAAAAAUGUCUCAGUUUACUUAUCAUGCAUUUCUGAGUUUGGCAACAAAAAUAGGCAAGUCUUUUGGAAAUCAUCUUCAUUCAGCUUUAUCAAAUGCUGGUAUUCGCGCAUUCAGUGUUGAUGAACUUGAUAUAGAUGAAAAAGGGUGCAAAGAAUUGCAGAAAACAAUUCAAGAAUCAAGAAUUCUCAUUGUUGUCUUGUCAAAAGACUACACCUCUUCAGACAGGUGCCUUGAUGAACUUGUGUUUAUACUUGAGAGCAAGAAACUUUUUGGACGUUUCGUUUUACCUGUGUUUUAUGAUGUGGAUCCAUCUGAAGUCAGGAAGCAAAAAGGGUGUUUUGAACAAGAUUUUUUAAUGUAUGAAGAGAGGUUUAAAUCCGGGACCGAGGAAAGGAGACUGGAAUGGCUGCAGAAGGUGAAGAAAUGGAAGACUUCUCUAACAGAAGUUGCUGAUUUGGGAGGAAUGGUCUUACAGAAUCAAUCCGAUGGGUGUGAGUCAAGGUUUAUUCAAGAGAUUGUGAAGGUGGUUGCAGGAAGACUAAAUCGCGCAGUUCUGAGUGUAGCUCUCCACCCCGUUGGAAUAGAUUCUCGAGUUAAAGACAUAAAUCUCUGGUUGCAGGAUGGAUCAACUAGUAUUGAUAUGAUGGCUAUAUAUGGUAUGGGGGGUCUAGGUAAAUCUACCCUUGCCAAGACUGCUUAUAAUCUUAACUUUGAUAAAUUUGAUGGCUGCAGCUUUCUUGCUGAUGUGAAUAAAACUUCAGAAAGAUAUGAUGGCUUGGUAAGUCUACAAAGACAACUUCUUUCAGAUGUUCUAGGGAAGAAGGUUGAAAAGAUAUACAAUGUCGAUGAAGGAGUCAUCAAGAUUCAAGAGGCCAUCCAUCGCAGAAGAAUUCUUCUUGUUCUCGAUGAUGUGGAUGAUCGAGAUCAGCUAAAUACGGUUCUUGGGAUGCGAGAAUGGUUUUAUCCAGGUAGUAAAAUAAUCAUAACAACCAGAAAUCAGCACCUGUUUGAUGCUAGUGAGGCCUGCAGUUGUAAGAUGUAUAAGGUCAUGCCUUUGAAUGCUCAAGAAUCGAUUCGACUCUUCAGCUGGCAUGCUUUUGGAAAAGAAAAACCAUCAGAAGAUCAUGAGGACCUUACAGAAAAGGUGAUACUUCAUUGUAAAGGGACUCCUUUGGCUCUCAAAGUUUUAGGUUCUUCUCUUUGUGACAGAAGUAUAGAGGUGUGGGAGAGUGCAUUAAGGAAGUUACAGGCAAUCCCUGACAAUAAGAUCUUGGAAAAACUUAGAAUCAGCUACGAUUUGCUGGAUGAUGAUGAUGUACAGAAAAUAUUCCUUGAUAUUGUCUGUUUCUUUGUGGGGAAGGAUAGAGACUAUGCAGUUACUAUACUCGAUGGAUGUGGUUUUUUCUCAGUAGUAGGAAUUCAAAUUCUUUCAGAUAGAUGCCUGGUAGAAAUGGACAAGGAUAAGCUGAAAGUGCAUUCAUUGAUUCAAGAUAUGGGAAGAGAAAUUAUCCGCCUAGAAUCCCCUUGGGAGCCUCGGAAAAGAAGUAGAGUUUGGCGAUACAGAGAUUCCUUCAAUAUAUUGAGUACAAAAGCUGGAACUGAAAAUAUUGAAGGCCUGGUUCUUGACAAGGGAAUGUCCAAUAAAUUGUCCAAAGCAGUCAAAUCUGUCCGAUCGUAUUUCUUCAGUGAAGAUGCUGGUCCGAUAGGUCAUGGCUAUCCAAGAAAACGCCGCAAGCAUUUGGAGCAUUUUGAUGAUGCCAGCACAGAAGGUUCAGACAGUAUAGAAUUUGAAGCUGAUGCAUUUUCCAGAAUGCAGAGGCUGAGGAUUCUCCAGCUUAGUUAUGUAAGCUUAACUGGAUUCUUUAGUUUGUUUCCGAAAAGUCUAAGAUUACUAUGUUGGUCUGGAUUUCAUAUGAAGAUCAUCCCUGAGGAUCUCCCUCUAGAGAGCCUGGUUGCCCUUGAAAUGAAAAAAAGUUAUUUGGAAAAAGCCUGGGAGGGAAUUAAGAUUCUUACAUCAUUAAAGAUCCUCAACUUUAGUCAUUCCCAUUUUCUAAAAAGAACUCCUGAUUUUUCUGGACUUCCCCAUUUGAAAACUUUGAUCCUGAAAGACUGCAUUAAGUUGGUCAAUAUUCAUGAAUCAAUUGGAUGCCUUGAUGGACUUGUCUAUAUGAACUUGAGAGACUGCAAGAAUCUAAGGAGACUCCCUGGAAGCUUUUAUAAGCUCAAAUCCUUAGAAAAACUUAUAAUCUCUGGCUGUUCUAGACUAGUUACAUCAGCAAUAGAGCUAGGCAAGUUAGUAUCUUUGACAAUCCUGCAGGCUGAUGGAAUGAAUUUUGGUCAUUUAGUCCCUGUGGGUGGUAACAUGAAUUCAUGGAAUGCCCUCUGGAAAACUUGGUCAUCAAAGUUGAGAAGAUCCCCAGGCUCUAACCAGUUUUCGUUCUCUUCUUUAUCAAGUUCGCUCGUCAGCUUAAGUCUUUCUAGUUGCAACUUAACAGACGAUGCUCUAUCCUUUGGCCUCAGCAACCUUCCCUCAUUAUGCUUCUUGAAUCUAAGUGAAAACUUGAUUUAUAACCUGCCUCAGAGUAUCAAAAAUCUUGGUAAGCUCCAAGACCUUUGGUUAGAUGGAUGUCAAAGCCUCCUAUCUCUGCCAGAGCUUCCGUCAAGCCUUGUUAAGCUGAAAGCAGUUAGAUGCUCAUCACUGCAAACAGUCACAAAUCUACCAAACCUAAUGACAACUCUCUUUUUAGAUGUCAUGGAAAGUGAGAGCUUAACUGAGAUUUCAGGAAUUUUCAAGCUAAAGCCCAUUGAUAAUUUUGAAGUUGAAAUAUUGAAUACUCUACGCCUUCUUCUCAACCUAGAUAACACAUUCGAUACAGUGGUGGAAAUAUUUAAUAGGUUCACCAAAACAAAAAGGAUGUAUUCAGUACAGCAGGGACUCUAUGAAUUUGGAAUCUUCAGUACUUCUUUUCCAGGAAAUGAGGUUCCAAGCUGGUUCAGCAACAAAAGUGAACAGAGAUUGUUGACAUUGUAUGUGGAUUCACUUCCUAAUAUCAAGAUAACAGGACUGCUCAUUUGCAUCGUCUAUGAACGUUCUAGUCCUCUUAUAUUUCGCUAUUUUAGUGACAGUAAAUUUGGGGGCUCGCAUACAAUCGACAUCAAAGUCCAAAACAUUACACAGGGUCUUAAGUGGAUUUAUGCCCCAUCAUUCAUUGGUAUUCCAGGAGAGAACAACAGGUUGACAUUUUUAUGCCACUGGAAGUUUGGCAAGUAUUUACAAACAGGUGAUCAGAUUAAUGUUUCAUUGCCUUGUUGGGAUAAAACUUUUAAGAUGAAAGAGUUUGGAGCUACACUUGCUUAUAACAAUCCAGAUUUAGACCAGUCCUCAGCAUCUACUAGUGAAACAAGAGUUCUUGCAACGCGACAUACUCCAAUUAGUGAAUAUCAAUCCGAAGAAAUUGUCAUGGAAGGCUUCAUGCCUUCAUAUCAGUUGGCGGUUCAUCAUUACUAUCUUUCUCACCCUGAGUACUAUGUGAUGCGUGACGAUGCAGAUUUCGUUGUGAGGUCAAUCUUGAACGAGAAAUUGUUCGAGGUUUAUGAUGUGCAGUCUGCAGGUUCAGGGGCAGAAGAAGAGGAUGAUGAUGAUAGGAUCUUCGAUUAUGACGACGAUGAAGAUGAAGAGGCUGCACUAGCAGAGCUCGAGGAGCUGUUGGAAAGAUCUUGGUGAAGGAAAUGAAACAAUGGUGCAGCAGUUUUAACCUAAGUUGCUUGGACUCUCCAAAAAUAUUGUUGCACUCGUGUCGUAUCCUUCAGAAAUAUACUAUUUUUGGAGGAUUCGACACGCAUCCGUCCACACUUUUGA